AUGACAUUUAUCCGCCCGCUGCGUCCAGUUGCUACCAGGCGGCCACAUGUCGAAUAUGACCCCGAGAAACAGCUGUCUUCGAUGCCAUCGGGUGCCUGCACCUUGCUAGCGCUGUCAAGAGGAAAUUUACUCCCCAAGUCAUCGCAGACGCAGCUUCCAGAGCGCGCUCUAGAUGAUCUCUCCUCAGAUGCGCAGCUGGAGGAAAGGGCAUCCAAGGAAACGACCCUAAAUGUUCGGCCCAACCCACAAGGACGCGUGUUCAGAUCAGUCGAAAUGACCGCUAUUUCAACCGGAACUGAUUGUGUAGACAACGAAGGACAUGGAGUCCUGCGACAGAAUGAAGAGGUCUCCUCUUCCAAAUUGUCACAUUCUCUGCGCAAAGAGCAGUUGCAGAGGGUUUUAGAUUCCCUGAUGAGUCAAGAUUCUUCAACACUCCUUCUGUGCGGGGGUGAAGAAGACUGCUGUCGCAUCAUACCUGCUCAUAUCCGUGACUCGGCAGACUCAACAGCUCAGUGGACUGAGGCCCAACGUGUUUGGAAUCAGCACAAUAUGAAUUGGAGGUCGUGGCUUCCGUGGUAUGGAGUGAAGAGUGUGUCUGUCGUCAAAGUCAAAAUAGCCGGUAAAAUGCCGCGAGUCAAGCAAGUGCCUAAGCAACCAGAGAUUUUCAUCGGGGUGUACAGACCUGAGGACACGAAAGCUGAAAUCUCUCGACUAGGAGAUAUUAAUCCCGACUUUUUCACCGACGAGUUCGAGUGUCUGCUCGACAAAUCAGAUUAUACGUGGAGCCAUGACUUAGCCUGCCCAUCGACUGCGGGUGAGCUCGAACUUGGUUGGACUUGCCCAUACGAAGAUAAUCUCAGAGCUCGAAGAAGUCUAUCGCGCCUUCAAAACCGUCCAUUCCUCUCCAUAUUGUUCUGUAAUCCAGCUCUUGCGGAAGAGCACGAGUCAAUGCAUCAGCAAUAUCUGCUGAUCAGUCACUUGUAA